AUCAUUCAACAUGAAUUUCAUCGUCUGCCUUCUCGCACUCAUCGCCUGUGUUGCAAACUUUGGGUUCUGCCAGAAUAUUCAUGAUGCGGCCUCAAAUAUUAUUGGACACGCAACAGGAGCUAUUGGAGAUGCCGAUGUAGCUGCUUCUGCAAACUUGAGACUCUCCCAUGGUCAUGAUGACUCAGAUGACUCAGAUGUUGAUUUUGAGCAUGAUCAUGAUCAUAAUGAUGCAGAUAAUCGACACAUUUAUCAAGGAACAAUUCUAAACGGUUUUGGUGAAGUUAUACACGACGGUGUUCUUGAAGGAGGAGCUGAUAAUAAGGGACAUUUCGGCACUGAUGUCAUUGUUGGAUAA